AUGGUUCGCAACAGUCAGAGAGAUUGGGAGAAGAAGAGACGCAGAGAGGCGGAGGAAGACUCAUUAGAUGGAAAUCUUGAAGUGCAUGGGAAGAUCGGAAGAACAUUGGAAUUGGAGGGAGACAAAAACAUUGUUGUGUUGUUGAUGUGGAUAAUUUGAUAAUGGAGGGAGAAACUAGACAAUUUUUGGGUAUUAUUGACAAAUUUGGCGGUCCAAAAAGAGUCCGAAACUAGAACAAAGCUUGUAAAUAGAUUGUUAUCUGAUACAGGAAGCUUAAAAAUGUAGUUGUUGGAUUAUAUUUGGACUUGACCAGGUUUUCCUGAUAGUUAGGAUUCAGAUGUGCAAGUCCAACCACGGAAGUUCCUAAUCUGAUUCAGAAAAAUUCAGAAUUCAACUCGUCGGACUUGGCCUUCAGUGAUUUACGGAAGUAACGCGAAAAAUAGUUUUAUAAAUUUCUAGAAACUCUAAAUGUUUCAAUAAUCCUCUUGAUUUCCACUAACUUUCUGAUCAAAGAAUAUCUCACGUCUACAAUUCCCAUUUUUCCCAGCAUCCAAUUAAAAUUCCUCAUCUGCAUCCAUUCAUUAAUUGUUAUCUUGCAAGUACACACACACAAUUAGAAAAAUCGAAUAAAUCUUAAAGUGGUGCGAAAACUCAUUAGAUUUAAUCAUCUUGCCUUGUCGUUCUCCCCAUUUUUUUUUCUCCCGAAAAAAUACGGACUGAAAAAAUUGGGAUUGAUCUGAUAUGUCCAGUCGGCGGCGACACAUUGGCUAGCGGAUUGUUGACAAUCAAUCUUUUUUCUAUCUGUUAUCAUCAGAGUAAAAAAGUUUCAGGAAGGAAGGAAGGAAGAAGCUAUAGUCUUUAUUAAUAUUGAUACAUUUUUGCGAUGAUUUAUUGAUAAGAUAGGGUCAAAAAGGAAGCAAGAUGGGAUAAAUGACACAUAUUUUUUUUUCAAAGAACGGUGAUAAGCGUGAACAAAGGUUUGAUUUGUUGGAUUGUAGGGCUGGAAGGCCUAGAGGUCUGAUUUUUCUCUGGAAAUGGGCCCGAUCAGGCUGUAUAGGAGUCAUCCUAUUUCUUAUUAGCAAUCUGAAUAUUCUCUCGCAAAAUUGAAUUCCGAACAAGAAUUUAAUGAAACAUUUUGCAAGACUGACUGUCAUAUCAAAUUAUUUUCCAAUUCCAAAUGCUUCAUUCAUUCAUUCAUUCACCUACACGAUGACCGAUAAAUCUCUGUGGCUUUGUCGGUUUUUCCCUUUUGUCCAUCUCCUUUUUCCCCCUCCCUUCCUUUUCGUUUUGUUUCAUCUUGAUGAAGCUGAGGAUGGUGUUUGAUCCACACCGACGACAUUUUUGUGGAUUUUUCGAAAUGGAGGAGUUUUUUUUGGAAAAAUGUUUGAUGAAUAAUAUCGGUUUUUUUGAUAGGCAUGAGAUAUCAAUAAAAAGUUGCGAGUGGGUAAAAGAUCGAAAAACAUCUGGGGAAAACGUUGCUAUUUGGAAUCGGGAAAAAUUUUGAUAUGGACAUAUAGGCACUGCUCCUUGGCAUAGAAGCUCCCAAGGCGUGGCUGCUUGUUAGAGUUCAAUUCUAGAUGCUGGUACUAGACAAUGAGGUUCUCUAGGAUCGGCUACUAGGCAUAGAAGCUCACAAGGCUCGGCUCCUUCACAAUUAUAAUCUCUGGGCGCGGGUAUUUUGAAAUAAAAAAAAAUAAAACCGUUUCAAAAUCUAAUUUCCUGCGUGACCUCCUCAUUAUUCAUUCAUUUUCGCAAAAUAUUAAUGACCCCAUUUCUAAUUUUUCAGAGUUCCCGAACUCGACCCAUCAAUCUAUGGACUUCCGCUGAAUGAAAAAGUUGGAGAAGGACUUUCUCUCAAUGAUUUGGCCGAACAACUUCGAUUGAUUUAUUGUGGACCAGUUGCUAUCGAAUUCAUGCAUAUUAAUGUGAGCUUUAUUUUUUCAAAGAAGAUUUCUGAUAUUUUGAAUAAUUUCAGAACUGGGAAGAGCGUCAAUGGUUAUCGCAAAAUUUCGAAGCAACGAUUUCGCAAGAUUUGACAGCAGAAGAGGCGGUGAAGAUUGGAAAGUUGAUGUUGAAGUGUGAAGUAAACGAAAAAAACAGCGAAAAUUUCAUCAAAUAAAAUUUUUUUUAGAACUUUGACAAAUUCCUGGCUACCAAGUUUCCAACAUUGAAAAGAUAUGGAGCUGAGGGAGCUGAAGCCAUGUUCGCAUUUUUCAACGAGUUAUUCGAAAGUGCCCCAGAAAAAGAAGUGCAACAAAUAAUUAUUGGAAUUGCUCAUAGAGGAAGAUUGAACUUAUUAACCCAAAUGAUGGAAUUCCCACCAGUUCAUAUGUUCAGGAAAAUCAAAGGAAAACCAGAGUUCCCAGAAUCUGUUGAUGCUGCUGGAGAUGUUCUUUCACAUCUUGUAUCCUCAUUUGAUUAUAAAACAUCGGAAGGACAAGUUCAUGUGACAAUGUUGCCAAAUCCAUCGCAUCUUGAAGCAGUUAACCCGGUAGCAAUGGGAAAAGCUCGCGCACGCGCCUGGUCUCUUCAGAAAGGUGAUUAUGGAGAUGAGAGAUCGGCGAGAACUGGCGAUUCGGUUUUGAAUGUGUUGGUGCAUGGAGAUGGCGCGUUCACCGGACAAGGAGUUGUUUGGGAAUCGAUUGCAUUGAGUCAAGCACCGCAUUUUAGAUUGGGAGGAACUGUUCAUCUAGUCACAAAUAAUCAAAUCGCAUUUACCGCCGAGAAAAGUGUCGGGAGAUCAACAACACAUUGUACGGAUAUCGCGAAAUCUUUCGAAUACCCAAUUCUUCAUGUCAAUGGUGAUUGUCCGGAUGAAGUUGUGAAAGCAACGCGGCUCGCAUUGGCCUAUCGAGAAAGAUAUCGCAAAGAUAUUUUUAUAAAUCUUGUAUGCUUCAGAAGAUGGGGACAUAAUGAAUUGGAUGAUCCAACAUUUACAUCACCUGUUAUGUAUAAAGAGGUUAAUAAAAGAGAAUCGGUGCCAAGUCAAUUUUUGGAUCGAUUAUUGAUUGAUGGAUUAGUGACUGAAGAGGGAAUUGAAGCGGAGCUCGUGAAACAUACCGAAGAAUUGAAUGCGGCGUUGAAAGCGGUGGAUUCAACACAACCUAUGUGAGUUUCGGGACGCAAAUUGUUUCAGAUUCCAAUUUCAUGCUCUCAAAACUGAGGGGGAGAUCAUGACAUUUGGAAAAAAUUUUUGGAGGGGGGAUCAUUUUGGAAAUUUUGAAUUCCCGCUCAAAUAAAAAUUUUUAUUUGGGCGGGAAAAUAUUUUUGAAAAAAAAAAUUUUUUUUUUUUUUGGAAAUUUUGAAUAAAAAAACUCCCCCUCCCCUUUCUUGGAUAUUUUUCAUUUGUUCACCAUUUAUUUUUUGGAAGUUUUUAACAAAAAAAAAAUUGAGGAGUGGGGGUCAUGACAUUUCAAACUUUUGGAGAGGGGGGAGAUCAUUAUAUGCGAGGUUUGUUGGGCGAAGAUGCCAUGUAUGAUUCCAAUAAUAAUUUUUUCAGCGACGUUAGCCAUCGUGGAAACUGGAAUGGAUUCAUCCAAGCUCCUCGAAACAUCGAAACUUGGGAUACUGGAGUCAACACGGAUCUUCUGCGUUUCAUCGGAGCGGCUAGUGUAAAAACCCCGGAAAACUUUGACACUCAUAAACACCUCUACAAAAUGCACAUCGAUUCGAGAAUUCAAAAAAUGCAAACUGGAGAUUCGAUCGAUUGGGCGACAGCCGAAGCAUUGGCAUUCGGAAGUUUGUUAUUGGAAGGAAAUGAUGUGCGAAUAAGUGGACAAGAUGUUGGAAGAGGAACAUUUUGUCAUCGACACGCAAUGAUGGUUGAUCAAUCCGAUGAUUCGAUUCAUAUUCCGUUGAAUGAAAUUGUUGAGAAUCAGAAGAACUUCAUCGAAGUCGCUAAUAAUUUAUUAUCCGAGGAGGCGAUUUUGGGAUAUGAAUGGGGAUUUGCAUCGGAGAAUCCGAGACGGUUGUGUAUUUGGGAAGCACAGUUUGGCGAUUUUUUCAAUGGCGCGCAGAUUAUUAUUGAUACUUUUGUGGCGAGUGCCGAAAGUGAGUUUCAAAUAUCAACAGCUAGAUUUUUUAAAAUUCAGGCAAAUGGCUGACUUCAAAUGGUCUUACAAUGCUUCUCCCACAUGGUUUUGAUGGAGCUGGUCCGGAGCACAGUAGUUGUAGAAUGGAAAGAUUUUUGCAACUUUGCGACUCAAGAGAAGAUCAAACUCCAGUCGAUGGUGAAAAUGUGAAUAUUCGAAUCGCCAAUCCAACAACAUCUGCACAAUAUUUCCAUCUUCUUCGACGACAGGUAAAUUAAAUUUUUUUAUCCGGAAAUUAUCCUGAAUCACAAUUCAAUUUUCCAGAUGAUCCCCAACUAUCGAAAACCGCUUGUCGUUGUGGCGCCCAAAAUACUUUUGCGCCAUCCAAAGGUAAUAAAAUCGUCGCCUUUGACAGUUGCCUCUUUUUUUUGAUAGUAGGGGUAGUAGUAGUAGUAUUUAAUGGUAAUUGCGUUGUUUUUGAGUUUGCCGACCGAUGAAAGAUUUUUGGGAAAGAUUAGGCGAAGGCCUUUUUAUUCCUCUGAAAUUUGAUAAAUCUCUGGAAUCCUUAGGUCAAAUAAAUUUAAGGUUUUAAGAACUAAUAAAAUCGGAACUUUCUAGAGCUAAACUCAAUUUCAGAAUUUCAAAAACAAGGAAAAUCCAAAAUCAACCACAAAAAAUACAGUACUCUACAAAAUAAUUUUUGCCACGUCAUAGCAUUGUUCCGUAAUUCUGGAAAAUAGAAUAAACUAGCCUAUACUGUAAGAUUUUGGCCCCGAAACCAAGUCCUACAGUAACAAAAGCCUAAUUUGGUCUCAAAAAAAAAUAGGAAUUAAAAAAUUCAGAUAUAAGAUAGCCUAAUUUUGAAAAAAAUACAAAACUCUAGAUGCAAAAGCAUUUUUGCCACGUCACAGCAUCUUCACAAAAAUUUUCUCAAAUUUCCAGGCCGCCUCCUCGAUCCUCGAUUUGGCCCCUGGAACAAGCUACAAAAAUGUGAUCACCGACUCCACGAUCAAAAAUCAAAACAAAGUUGAAAAAGUGAUAUUCGUCUCAGGAAAACACUGGAUUGCUGUCGAAAAAGCGAGAGAUGAAAAAGGACUUGCGGAUACUGUAGCUAUUGUUCGAGUCGAAAUGUUGUGUCCCUUCCCUGUUGUUGAUCUACAAUCAGUUAUUAAACAAUAUCCAAAUGCUAAACGUAAGUUUACAUAG